CUGCAAUUCGUCGCGAAGGUUAAUUACAUUGAAUCUCGGGCAGGAGCAAGCCCAAGCGGUAAGCACAAAAGAUUCGUCUUUUCCCUUGUGCAAUCUUCGUGCCGCGUUCAUGUAUUUGAUCUUGUUGUUACAGCUGAAAAUUGAAAUACUAAUACCGGAGAAGGGAGAACGGUUUUGUAAAGCCCAGAGAACUACACAAAACAUGUUCAGCAAACUUACCCACGUCGCCCGCGCGGCAAGACUGCGUAAGGCCAACCUCAUCCAGCCACUGCAUCAGCGUUCUGCCGUCUUUGGUUUAAAUCAGGGAACAGGCGCAUUUCACGCACGUUGCUUCAGUUCUGCCGACGCCGCUGCAAUGGCUACCUCCAGCAUCGAAGAGGGUACAGCUGCUGGACAUCAAUCUGACGCUCUGAAUGGUGACGCGGAACUACAAAAGGAUUCUGCUGUCGGCACCUCCACCCCACCUGCCACUGCUCCUGGUUCUUACCAAAAGAACUUCACCAAGAAAACCGGUACAGUCGUGCAGAUCGGCAACGCCUUCGGAUGGAUCAAAGUCGACGGCAGCCAGGAGGGCGAGCCAGACGCGUAUUUCCGGAUGAAGGAGUGCGAGGCGACGUGGGUUCGUGCGGGGGACAAAAUCGAGUUUGAGGAGCAUGUGAAUUUCAAGGGCUGGAAAAGCGUGCGCAAAGUCACCGGCGGUACCGGGUUUGCGAAACCAGCAGAACGGCCGCCGCUGCCGCAGAAUGGUGGAAGAGGUAAUACGUUCAGUGGUGCGACUUCUGGAUCUUCACAUCAGGAGAAAACUAACGGGCAACAUCAGCAGAUGAUGGCGAGCGGCAAGCAAGGCGCCGAAGACGUGACGGCCAAUCCGCACAAUAUGGUGGAGUUGCGGAGCAUGUUUUCCGGUUUGGUGUCGAUGGUAUCGGCACAGCAGACGGAACUGUCCGCGAUCAAGAAGCAGGUGCAGAAAAUGGACGAGUUGCAGAGCCAGAUCGCAAAGCUGGCGCGGAAGGAGUCGGCCGCGUGAAAGAAACAUGACGCGCACUUGUUCUUGUGACCAGGCGAAAUAAAUUUGGACAAACUACAACUAUGCGAAUCUGGUGGCUUCGCUCCCGGAAUCGUCAAGAACAGAGCGCGCACCCACUAUAUCAAAAAUCAACUUGUCUUGCACAAGAGGUUCACUUCUUUGUGUUGGGCAACUUGUUCUCCAUGGAGGUUGUUCAAUGACAACGAAAGGCAAAGGACCAUGCUGUUGUGUGUCCUGAUUUUUUGGUCGCCUCAGC